UUUCGAUCGUCCCUAUAAAUUGGACCAAUAUAUGCCCAAAGUCUCAAAUGCAAUUUCUCACACCAACUUUUCAUGGAUAGCUCUGUAGCACCAAAGAUGGAGAUGAUUGGAAUUGGUGAUCAUAUACAGACAAGGAAGGUCUCCACACACCGAAGAUCCUCCAGGGGUGGCUGGAAUGCCGCCAUUUUAAUCAUCUUUGUUGAGAUAGCAGAGCGUUUUGCGUUCUACGGUGUGUCCGGUAACCUCAUCUCCUACCUCACAAAAGAACUCCAUCAGCCCACCGUCGCUGCCGCUAAGAAUGUCAACACCUGGGUUGGCGUCUCAACACUCUUCCCCUUGCUCGGAGCCUUCAUUGCCGAUUCCUACUUGGGUCGCUUCAAGACCAUCCUUAUCUCCUCCCUCAUCUUUCUCUCGGGAACAGUGCUAUUGACCUUAUCGGUGUCAGUGUUUCCUUUGCAUUGGCGCAAAUCAUUGUUCUUUGUAGCGCUUUACAUAUUGUCUGUGGGUGAAGGUGGGCACCGGCCAUGCGUGCAAACCUUUGCAGCGGACCAGUUCGACGAGGAUUCGCCGGAGCAGAGAAAGGAGAAGAGCUCGUUUUUCAACUGGUGGUAUGUGGCGAUAGUGACCGCGGCAACUGCUGCCACACUGUUGAUAAUCUAUCUGCAGGAUAACAUUGGGUGGACAGUAGGACUAGGAGUGUUGGCAGGGGUGUUGGGAGUGGCAUUGGCAAUAUUUUUGCUAGGAACCAAGAAGUACCGGAAGGAGGGUCCCCCAGGGAGCCCAUUCAGCACGGUGGCGCAGGUCUUUGUGGCAGCGGCUCGGAAGUGGCGCGUGGACGAGACGCGUAUCGGUUGGGAUGUAUACCAUGGAGAUCAGAGCAGUGGGGCCCUGCCUUAUGGUCAGCCUAACGCUCAGAUCUUCGCCCGGACUAAGCAAUUCAGGUUUUUGGACAAGGCAAUGAUCAUCGACAACAACAAUGAUGCAUCAAGCAAAACCAGAAAUCCAUGGAGGCUAUGCUCAGUAAAUCAAGUAGAAGAAGUAAAGUUGGUCCUCCGCCUCAUCCCGAUAUGGUUUAGUUGCUUAAUGUUCAACGUUGUCCAAACCCAACUCCACACCUAUUUCAUUAAGCAAGGCAGCACAAUGCUCCGGUCCAUCGGACCCCACUUUCAGCUUCCUCCGGCAUCACUUCAAGCCCUCACUGGCAUCAUAAUCUUAAUCACAGUCCCACUCUACGAGAGAAUUUUCGUCCCCAUUGCCAGAAAAUUCACCGAACACCCAUCGGGCAUUACUGUGCUGCAAAGGAUAGGAGUAGGCCUAUUUCUCUCCAUAAUCAACAUGGUUGUGGCAGCUCUGGUAGAAGCCAAAAGGGUCAGCAUUGCCAAAGAGAAUAACCUCGUGGAUAACCCAAAAGCAGUGGUACCAAUGGUGAUUUGGUGGUUGUUCCCACAAUACAUGAUUUGCGGUUUGUCUGAUGCAUUCACAAUCGUCGGACUCCAAGAAUUGUUCUAUGAUCAAAUGCCGGAGGCAAUGAGGAGCAUCGGAGCAGCAGCAUACCUGAGUGCUCUUGGAGUUGGAAGCUUCCUCUGCAAUGCUAUUAUAUCAAUUGUCCAGGCAAUCAGCUCAAGGGGUGGUGAGAAAUGGCUUGGCGACAAUCUCAAUCGUGCACACCUUGAUUAUUUCUACUGGGUGCUGGCAGGACUCAGUGCUUUUAGCCUGUGUGUCUAUGUAUGGAAUGCUCUUCGCUUUGUCUACAAGAAUGUUGAUUGGGAUAAAGUAAGCAAAGGGAGAAUACUGCAGCAGAAUCCUUAUCCUGUGUAAAACUAGGUUAAUACAGAAAGCAUACUAUGCAGAGUAUAUCUUAUAGUAGAUGAGUGUUUGACAUGAGCAAUAAAUGGUUAUUAUAGAAAUAUCAGUUACGAUG